AUGGUGCUGUUGUGGACGUAUCUGCAGAUCUUCAUCAUGCGAUACAUUUCGCUCAGUGCACAAUCGGCUGUGAAGCUGAGCAAAAGUUCUGAGCAUCAUUCGGGCCUAGGAGCGGGGACGAGACAGUGCGAGAGUAGUGUCGAAGAGAACGAUAAGUGUCAACUGCAUACGGGCGAGGAGGGAGUCUGCAGACGGGCGUCCGGCUGUGCCUGGUUACGGCCUGCACUGCGUGCGCACGAGAUCACCACCCAGCAGCUGGUCAACUGUGGGUUUGAAGGUGACGAACCGAUCGUCUGCUGUCGCACCGGCGACGGGCACACCAAAUCGAACCGGGUUGGCGUGCGGGCAUCGGUGAAGGCUUGCGCAACGUACGACGGGAAGCUCUCGCGGCUGUCGUACCACAUCGUCGGUGGCAGCAAAUCGCACAUUGGCGAGGUGCCGUUCAUCGGUGCGCUUGGCUACCGUGAGGAUGAUGCGGAGGACGGAUCGGCGUACAAGUGGGCGUGCGGUAGUAGUCUGAUCACGCUCCGAUUCCUAGUCACCGCAGCGCACUGCUGCAACAGUACAACGUUCGGCGCGCCGGUAAUAGUGCGGAUGGGCACGGUGAAUCUAGUGAAGCCCGCCUUUCCAGAGGAAGUGCAGGAUCGCACGAUCAAGACCAUCAUCGUGCAUCCGAAGUACAAGAACAGCCAGAAGUACGAGGACAUCGCGCUGCUCGAGGUGACCAGCCAGUUUAUGUUCGACUCGGUACUGCAACCGACCUGCCUCCAUGUGGAUGACGCCAAUUUCGAUGAUAAGACCGUGCUCUAUACCGCCGGUUGGGGCUACACGACGCAUCGAUACUCACCGGAAGCGCUAAUGCAGACGUACCUGUCCCCCGUGCCGGAGGAGGAGUGUAAUAAAGCGUACGCCAUGUUCAAAGCCCGCAUGAAGGAUGGCAUACGACCGUCACAGUACUGUGCCGGCGGUACUACCCACCUGGUCGAUGGCUAUCCGCUAGCGAAUGAUGCGUGCGAGGGUGACUCAGGUGGUCCGCUGUACUAUGUCGCCGGUGGUGCUUACGAACCGAAGUACUACCUGCUCGGUGUCACCUCGUUCGGGGCCGGCUGUGGCUCAAAUACACCUUCCGUCUACACGCGCAUCUCGUAUUACCUGGACUGGAUCGAAUCGCACGUGUGGCCAUCAGACUCACGCGAUGCAGCCUACGAGGGUUUUGAGAUAGAGUCCAUGUCUCAGAGACAGGGCGAUAGGUGCGAGUUGCGCGAUGGUACGGCCGGUGUCUGUACCGAUGCGACCGCCUGUCCCUGGUUUCUGGAGGUGAUCGUCAAGAACCGCCGCUUUGCCGACCGUGUCUCGUGCGGUUUCGAUGGGCUGGUGGAGGUGAUAUGCUGCAAAACGAACGGCACGGUCGGUGCGCGACCGUCCGGCGUACGGUCCCGGCUGGCAUGCGAGCAGGUGCCGAAGUACACGUCGCGCCUCACCUUCCACAUCAUCGACGGCGAGGAGGCGAGCGAGGGCGAGUUCCCGUUUAUGGCGGCGCUCGGUUACCCGACGGAGGAGGACAGCCAGAACGUGAGCUAUCGGUGCGGUGCGAGCCUCGUAUCGACCGACUUCCUGCUGACCGCCGCCCACUGUAUACCGACGAACGAUCGACCGACGGUGGCCAUCCUCGGUACCAACAAUCUUGCCCCCGGUAAUCAUGGCGUUGUGGUGGGAAUCAAGGCAUUCUUUCCCCAUCCGGAGUAUCGGACCAAUCGGAACUAUCAUGACAUUGCGCUAGUGCAGCUGGAAAGACGCAUCGAGAACGAACCGGAUGUGAAUCCAAUCUGUCUGAACGAUGAUCUAGCGGAUCUGCCCGAGGCAACGGUACUCACCGCGGAAGGAUACGGCAUCAUCGAUCUCGACCGUAAUCUCCGGUCGAACCAGCUGAUGAAGGUGAACCUUACAACAGUCGCGUGGCAAAAGUGCAACCAAAGCUUUGCCGACAGCAACCUGCUGAAGAACAACCGGAAGCUGCCGCAGGGUAUCGUCGCGACCCAGUACUGCGCUACCGGUCGCGAAAACGAAGAAACGAAGGUGGUGGGCGACACGUGCCAGGGCGAUUCUGGCGGGCCACUGCAGAUUAUGGACGACGGCAAGUACAAGCUGGUCGGUGUCACGUCGUUCGGGAACGGUUGUGGCAGUAACACGCCCAGUGUGUCCACGCGUGUCGCCGCCUACAUCGACUGGAUCGAAAGUAUCGUUUGGGCAUAG